CCGGCCGGCUGGAGCGAACGUGUUGAGUUGUUGACUCUGCUCGCCGUGUCGGGCACAUGUGUGAAAUUUCGGUAUGUUGAUGUCGUGAAUCGUAACAAGAUGGACUUUCAGAGUGCUAUGGAGACGUUCGCGGAAGCAUGGGCAGCGGCCAAUAGCGCCAAGUCGGAAGCUCCGAGCGAUCUUUCACAGACUUUAUCAUCAGACUUGCGACGUAGUAAGACGCCACCGCGGCGAUCGCCCGAAGAACGUGCAGUGCCGCGCCCGCCCUCCGCCCCGGUGCACCACGACCGGCCCACAACCACACCACACAAUCCUCACCUAUCACCUAAAAAAGAAGCCUUCAAUAAUCUCCUUAAUAAAGGAAUUUCAGGUAAAACCCUGCCAGUUCACUGCGUAGUGGAAGCUGUUGCGUCUCUGGAAGAGGGCGCUUGGAGAAGACGAGCUGUUGUGGAGACGGACAGCUAUGUGAUUAUCCCCGCUGCGACAGCCUUUCACGAACUCGUACCAGCUGCUAUGAUGAGGUUGGGAUAUCCUCAUGAAUUGGCUGCCUCUGCCAAGGGAUCAGUGGUCAUAAACAAUUGGAAGCCGCUUCCAUUCGAGCGUAUAUCGGAUGGACCACUAGCAACCGUCGGCGAAGUAUUGGGAGAGCUGACAACAGUAGCAACUCUUCGAAUCCAGUUGCUGAGACCUAGACCGACUCCUCUCCAGGACAUCAAAGAUAAGCUGCUGAGACUGCUGCUGGUACAGAGUAGACCUCUGUUAAUGUCCACGGGGUGUCCCUUAGAUGAGGUGACACUUGCCCAGAUUUGCCGAGGACAAGACAGAUCCUCUGGUCCGCAUAAUUUUCAUGAGCCGAGCGAAGAAACUCGCCGUAAAUUUGAGUCCUGGUGGAGCGCACAAGUUUCACCGCGACCUCCGCCAUUUAGUCCCAGACGCUAUCCUUCUCCUGGUCCUAAAAACCGUUCCCCUACUUUAAAUCCCCUUCCUGACCAUUUACAUCCAGCAUUACAAACUGUUCAAAGUCAGUAUCCAACCCAGAAAACUAGGAUGAGGACUAGCUUUGAUCCUGAACUAGAACUACCAAAGCUACAGCGCUGGUUUUCCGACAACCAGCAUCCAAGCAGACAGCAGAUUCAGCAAUAUGUACGAGAAUUAAAUAAUUUAGAGUCGAGACGAGGGCGAAAACCCUUAGAUGUUAAUAAUGUUGUUUAUUGGUUUAAGAAUGCUAGAGCAGCUCAAAAACGGGCAGAACUGCGCAAUAUUGGUGGUCUAGGACAUCUUGGAGUUAAUGGCUUUAACAGUAGAAGCCACAGUCCAACCAAUGGAUCAAUAAUGGUCGGUAAUGACAAUUACAGUUCUCACGAUCAUAAUUCUAUGAAGAGUCCAAUGCAACUGACGGGAAGUCCUGGAAGGUACCCAAUGUCAGUAAUGUCGGAGGAUAAUUUAUCCAAUGCCGGCUCUGAUUUAGAAGAUGAUGGUGGGGAAUUAAAUACAGAUGAUAGACCCGAGAGUCCCGAUGCACCACUUUCUCUUAUUACCACUAGGAAAAACAACCAUCACGACAGGGAGGAAAACACUAAGGAAUCCCCGAAGCCACCGGAUAUAAUAAAGGUUCAUGAUAUUAAGCAAGAACCAAGGGAUCUGAGCAAAUCUGAACAUAUGCCUUCUCCACAACGAUCUCCAACUAAAAAUAGUGAUAGUUCACACAAUAACAAUAAUAAUAAUACCGAAGAAGAAAAUGGAGGUGGUGAUGAUCCAGAUAUCGCUUCUGAUGAUGAAGUUGUUCAAGAACGGCACUACAGACCCUCAUCGCCUCAUCUCGAUCGCUUACCUUUUCCAAUGGUGCCAAAUCAUCCAAUGUUUGGCCAUGGCAUAAUGUACAUGAGUCAAUAUAUGAGUGGUUUUCCUGGUGUAGGUGGUGUUCCCGGAGAAGGCGCCAGUGGAUUAAACUUGGCCUUAGCUGGGGCAUCCGAUGAGCGGCGCAAACGCAACCGUACAUUUAUCGAUCCAGUAUCUGAGGUUCCUGUCUUGGAACAGUGGUUUUCAAUGAACACACAUCCUUCGCACAACUUAAUACUCAAAUAUACCGAAGAAUUAAACAGGAUGCCCUAUAGGCAGAAAUUUCCGAGACUUGAGUCGAAAAACGUGCAGUUUUGGUUUAAAAAUCGUCGAGCAAAGUGUAAGCGAUUGAAGAUGUCGUUAUACGAACCAACAUCUCCUGGACACUAUUCACAUCCUGGACACCCCCAUGCCAUUGCCGAAAGGAAGUUGGUUUGAACAAUUCAUCAUAUCUCAACGAUACCGAACGAAACAGUUCCAACCUUGUCAUCGUUUGGGUUCAAAGAAUGUUUUGUGUUUCUGGAAGCAAAAUUUAAGACGAAAGACUGACUAUGAAUCGUUUAUGGUAUAAAAAGUGCCAUUCUAGUGUAUAUUGUGGCGGCGAGAGUGCAUCAAAGCAUAAAGGUUCUAAAAAGGCUAUAAGAAUAAUUCUUCCAAGACGUAAUGAUAUAGAUUCGCUUCAUAAAUAAAAUAUUUUAAAGCUAUAUAAAUAAGUCGAUAAAUACGUUAUAAAUAUUAUUAUUCUUCGCUUCUAAUAGUUUCACAAUAUAGUAGAUGAAUCUCAAAUGUACUUUUAGUACAGUUGUUUUGUACAUUAGUAAUGUAAUCUUUAAGUUUUAUUUAUUAAAUAUUACGAUAUUAUUACGUAUGAACUGUAAAUUUUAGCAAACAUUGAAAUGGAGAACCCAAAGUUUCCAUUGGUUAUUACGUAACAUGUAAAAAUUAAAUUUAAUAAAGCAAUGUUCUAAUAUUAAUAAUAUGAGUCAUUAAGGUAUAUAGGAUAAUAAAAUAUUGCACAUACAUUAUGAGAAUAAUCGAACUCUUUUUUGCUCAUAGGGGCUCUAAAGGUUUAUUGUAUGUAUUUACGUAGACGUUAUUAUAAUGUAAGUGAUAUUAAUAAUGUAUAAUUAUAACGCACAUUCCUCUAUCACAUGAUUAUGUAGUACUCAAUCCAAAGAUUGAUUAUAUAAAAUAAAAAUAGGAUAUUACCAAACUUACAAUGGUAUUGUUUGAUAAAUGAACGGAUCGAUGCAAGAAUAAUUUCGGAUAAUUCAAUUAGAUAAAUUGUUGAAAAAGUUACACGGAUUUGUUUUUAUUUGCAUAAAUCAUUUAUCACAGAUUUGUAAACAUACGUUUUUGUUCUUGCGUAACCGAUUUGUCUGACUAGUUUAUAUUACAAAAAAAUUAAUGCGUAUUUUAGUUCGUGGAUUGAGUUGGAACUUUGUCUCGUUGAUUGUACUUGCAUAAAUGUUUCUCGCAUAGUACUAUCAACGUACAAUAGAUGGCGCGACUCGUAUUGUAUAAACAUUGACAGAGGCAACGCCGAGCAUUAGGUAGAUUUGUAUAAAAAUACAAUGUUACAGUAUUUACGCAUUUACAUAUUGAGGCUGUUUUUACUUACGGUUUCUUAUUUGUAUUGUUUUAUAGUUUUUAAACACAUCACUAGUGGUAACCGCUAUAAAAUGUUUUGUUGUUUCGAUGUUAUGCUUGUUUUGUGAAGCUGUGAUGAUAUUUCCAAAUAAUGUAAAUAUUUUAUUAAUGUUAAAUUAAGGUUUUUAUCAUAAAGCUACGUCACUAGGCUCACAUGAAAAUUAAGCAUUUACUGCUUAUAUAUUGAGA